AUGGAAACUGAUCGUCUUCAGGAGUACUUUGAGACCUUGUACAGCCAUGGUGGGCUCUUCCGAUCUCCUGACUAUGAGAUAUGCUGUGAGUUCGACCACGCGUGGUUUCAUCGGCCAACCGGCAUUGUUAUCUGGAAAGAUGCUCUUCACCUGUCCUCCAAGCAGAGUCCAAAGGUCUACUUCCACUACACCAGUCACCCAGAUCACUUUCGGAACCUCACCUCUUUGAGAGAGCCGACCGAGAUCUGGGAAGCACUGAAAAAUGGUCCAGGCGCCAAAGCCUGGUGGGGCCGCGGUGUGUAUAGCCUGCCAAAGCCGCCAGAUGAGUGGAAAGACAGAGACGAACUCUUAGACAACAACUUUCGGAAUGUGAUGCGGGGCGACCUCUCUGCUCGAAGUGAAGCCUUCAUGAAAGAUGAUUUGUCAAGAAGGCUUGGGUUCUGCAUCCCCAUGCUGAUCGACGCAGAGAAUGCUUAUGAUCUGUCCCAGACUCGCACCAACGAAGCUGAAGCCUGUGGUGUGGUGCUCCACGUGGAUGAGAGCUGCGCACACGCGGCGCAGGCUCGACUCAUGGAGGUGCUCCGCCACCGGGUAGCAGAGGCGCAGGAUGCUGAGGUCUGGACUGACGCGAAAGCGCGACUGGGCCGAGCACUGCUGGAGCGAGGAAAGCACGAGGAGGCUUUGGAACACCUCCAAGAGGCCUUGGAUGCACGUGAGUUCACAUUGGGUGAAGACCAUCGUGACACCUUGGAGUCGUUGAAUUGCUUGGCGCUUUCUUUGGACUCCAUGGGCCGUUUGGACCAGGCGGAACUUCUUUACCGCCGUGCCGUUGCCGUGGGCGCUCGCGGUGCUCGCGGCUAUUCACAGCUGGAGCAAUUGACCUCCACAUGCAACCUGGGCUCCUGCUGGCGGCGCAUGGGACGCUUGCGCGAGGCCGAAAAGCUAUUGCAACCCCAGCUGCGAGCGUGCGAACGCCGCCUGGGCCGUGAGCAUUUCUUGACGCAGACGAUGUUGAAGAAUUUGUCCAGGUCCCUUUAA